AUAACUGUGCUACAUUUGUACCACCACUUUUCUGUACCGGUGUUGGGCUGGAUUGUGGUCAAAGUGGAACCACUGGUACCGGCGAUCCUACUAUUUUGUACGCUCAACACUACUGUUCACGUGAUUAUGUACUCGUACUACGCGUUGGCGGCGUUUGGACCGACUGUACAAAAAUAUUUGUGGUGGAAACGAUAUAUCACACAGAUUCAGCUAAUCCAGUUCAUCAUACUGUUGGUAUAUUGUUCGUUGACAUUGCCAUUUUACCGUGGUUAUCGGCCGGUGUACCUAUGGCUGGGUGGCAGUCAGCCCCCCAUAUUCCUGGCACUAUUUCUUAAUUUUUAUUUUCGCUCGUAUAAUAAGUCGCGAACCUUCUUAAUACAAAUAUUGUUCAAAUAUUUAUUACCAUGCAUAUUUAUAACCAGACCGUUAGAUAUUGAAUCGGAUGCAAACUUAGUGUCCGAACCAUUGCCUCCGCUGUUGUCUGACUUUCCGCUGUCAGAGAAAGAUUGA